UGGUUUAAUUAGAAAUUAACCUGAUAAAACACAAGAAGCCCUGUUCGUAAUAAAACUGUCUAACCCAGCUCCUAAAGCGGCUCUCUUUCUUUUCUUUGUAUUAUCACACCCGGAGCGGAACUGUUGACGAAGCCGGGUGGCCUGGGAAGAAUUUGAUCCGAACACUACCUCACUCAGGCUGAUGCAAGCUGUCAGUCAGCUGUGUGAAGAGUAUUGUACGGUAUGCCGGCUAGUGAUAGUAUUUACUGUCAUGUGUGAAGAAGAUGACGGACUGUCAGGAAGCAAACAGUCCAAUGGAGCUGUAUGAGAAACUGACAGCUCAAGGAGACAAAGUCAGGGCCUUGAAAACUGACAAAGCUGAGAAAGCUGAAGUUGUUGCUGCUGUCCAGAUGCUGCUAAAGUUGAAAGUGGACUACAAACAGACGACGGGUCAGGAUUACAAAGCGGGUUGUCCGCCCUCGGAAACCGCUGCCGCUGUCACUGACAAUGGGCCGGCAGCAGAUGGAGAUGGUGGCGAAGACAACGUUGACCCGUGGAACGUUUCCACCACUAACGCCAAGGGGGUAGACUACGACAAACUCAUAGUGAGGUUUGGCAGCAGUAAAGUUGAAAAGGAGCUGGUGGACAGAAUAGAAAAAGUCUCGGGACAGAAACCUCACCGCUUUCUACGAAGAGGAAUCUUCUUCUCACACAGAGAUAUGCAUCAGGUGCUGGAUGCAUAUGAGAAGCAUAAGUCCUUCUACCUUUACACUGGCAGAGGUCCGUCCUCUGAAGCCAUGCACGUUGGUCACCUGAUCCCCUUCAUCUUCACUAAGUGGCUUCAGGAUGUGUUUGACAUCCCCCUGGUUAUCCAGCUGACUGAUGAUGAAAAGUACCUGUGGAAGGAUCUGUCACUGGAAGACUGCCACCGCUUCGCUGUGGAAAAUGCCAAGGACAUAAUCGCCUGUGGCUUUGAUGUCAACAAGACCUUCAUCUUCUCUGACCUCGACUACAUGGGUGCAUCCCCCGAUUUCUACCGGAACGUGGUUAAGAUCCAGAAGCAUGUAACAUUUAACCAGGUCAAAGGCAUCUUUGGCUUUACGGACAGUGACUGCAUUGGUAAGAUCAGUUUCCCGGCCAUCCAGGCUGCUCCAUCCUUCAGUAGCUCCUUCCCACAGAUCUUUGGAGGCAGAAAGGACAUUCAGUGUCUCAUCCCCUGCGCCAUAGACCAGGACCCUUACUUCCGGAUGACCCGUGAUGUCGCUCCAAGGAUCGGUUAUCCCAAACCAGCACUGCUGCACUCCACCUUCUUCCCCGCACUGCAGGGGGCUCAGACCAAGAUGAGCGCCAGUGACGCCAACACCUCCAUCUUCCUCACGGACACACCCAAGCAGAUCAAAAGCAAGAUCAACAAACAUGCAUUUUCGGGGGGGAAAGACACGGUGGAAGAGCACAGGAAGUACGGUGGGAACGCAGAUGUAGACGUCUCCUUCAUGUACUUGACCUUCUUCCUAGAGGAUGAUGAGCAGCUGGAGAAGAUCAGACAGGACUACACAAGCGGAGCCCUUCUCACAGGGGAGCUGAAGAAGAUUUUGACUGAGACUCUCCAGCCGAUGAUCGCGCAACAUCAAGAGAGACGCAAACAAGUCACAGAUGAGACAGUCAAGCAGUUCAUGACUCCAAGACCUUUAAAUUUUAACUUGUAGCCUGCUUGAGCAUCUGAAAAGGCCGGCACAUCAUCAUGUUUAUCUCAAGACAAGAACAAAUAAUGCAUCCACCACAUUUAAAAUCCACAUAAUUUCUAAUGGGACGACGGACAUUUUCUCAUAGUUUGCAUCAGUACUGGAGAAAAGUGUAAAUGAAAGUUUCUGGCGCUGAUGUGAUUCUUCCUUGUCAAAACUAAGCAUGGAAUUGCCCACAGCUACAUGCUAAUUGUCAUGCCACUCGAUAAAUGUACACGUUCAUGAAGUAUUUGUAGUUUCAGCGCUGCUGUAACGUCACAUGAUACCGACUCCUCGCCCUGUACUCAGUUCAGGAGAGCAAGGAGAUUAAAGUUGAGUACAGAUG